AUGAACUAUAGUUCAAUGGACAAAACUGAAAUGAAAUAUAUGAGCGACUAGGGUGUGGACAUUAGAUUCCCUCUAGAUAGGAAUUAAAGAUACUUCAUGUUCAAAGAGAUGAUGAUGGCUUACUCUUUUGCUUGGCUUGAGAAGCCAGACCAUAAAAGGCUGAGUUAUUACUAAUAACAAGCAGGUGCUAUGAUACUUGCAUGGAGUGGAGCAGCUUACUAUUACUCUAUUUAGCUAGCUUAAAAUCCUUAAAAAUUUUAUUAAGAGUUUUUGCUCACAAGAAAAUCUGGAUUAUUUUCAUUCGUCCCACUUGGAGUAGCUGCUUACUAUCACUUCAAGCAAUAAAAGCUCUACAAUGAACUCUAUGAAAAAUAUUGUGGAUAGUUAAGUGAUAAAGAGCUGCUGCAGUUAGACGCUAAGUUCAAUCCAAAGAAGAAGAUGUUCUAUGAUAUAAUUAUAUAAAGGAAUGAAAAAAGGCUAGAGAUGGAGGAUGAAAAGGAAUAAAAUCGAUUAUCAUCGCUUGGAGGACAUAGCAGAGUUGAUACAGACUGA